AUGUAUAUGUGGUUACAGCUGUUGAUUGAUAUAUUGUUGCGCAUACCGCGCACUAUUGAUGCAAGAGGAGAUAUGCUAAAAAUAUGUCGUUCGCAAUAUGUUGGUAAUGACAUUGAACAAAAAAAUAUCAACGAUUUUGAAUCAAGUUAUUCACUGAAUGAUGCUGUGUUGUGGUACACACGAGACACAUUCGUUUAUCGUCUUUUGAAUAAGGCAUUUCGCACGGAAGAUAUUGAACUUUUGUUUCAAUUUCGCUUUUUUAUUGUGGAUCUCUAUGAACAAUUGAAAAGGUUACAUGCAGAAUUUGUGAUUUUGCAAUCUGAAGGACAUAUUAUCACAGUUUACCGAGGGCAACUCAUGGUCACCGAUGAAUUGAACAAGUUACACCAGAACAUUGGCGGACUUAUUUUAUUCAACACGUUUGUAUCAACAACAACUGAUCUUUCUAUAGCAAUUAUAUAUAGCGGAGAGGGUGGCUCUCGACCACUGUUUGAGUCUGUAGUGUUUCAAAUGGAUAUUGACAAAACAAGCUCCGCAGAAAAACCAUUUGCUAAUAUUGAGAAAUUAAGCGCGAUUGAAGAUGAAAAAGAAGUACUACUUUCCAUGGGCAGUAUCUUUCUAAUAGAGUCUGUUGAAUUCCGUAACAAUUAUUGGCAUAUUAAACUCACUUUAUGCGAUGAGCAAAAUGAGAAAUUGAAAAGCCUUGCUACUCAUUACAAGAGGAAAAUUGGGCAAACGCCUACGGUAGUGACACUAGCAGAUCAUUUAUGGUCCAUGGGAGAAUAUGAUAAAGCUGAACGAUUUUACCUAAUGUUACUGACGCACUUGUCAGACAAUCAUGAGUUAAUGCCAUUUGUACAUCAUGGAUUAGGUUUGGUACAUCUAGAUAAAGGAAAUUAUUCAUCAGCUUUAUCUUAUUUGAACAAAGGACUCAAAUUAAGAUUACUGACUCUAAGUCCAAACCAUUCUGAUAUAGCCCAAUCUUACAACGAUAUUGCUGAAGUUUAUCGUUCGGAAGGCGACUACGAAGAAGCGUUAAAUCUUCAUCAAAAAGCAUUAGACAUUAGACAAACUGCUUCAGCAACGAAUCAAAGUGAUCUAGUGGAGACAUACAACAAUAUGGGAUUGUUACAUGACUUCAGGGAAGAAUUGAGUGAUGCCUUGAAUAACUAUUCAAAAGCAAUCGAUAUUGGACUAAAGAUCUUGCCAGAUAAUCAUCCACAACUCGCGGUAGUAUACCUCAACAUAGGAAACACAUACAGAAAACUUGAAGAUUAUCAACACGCGCUAAAAUAUCGCGAGCAAGCGUUAAAUAUUUUUCUUCAAUCAUUACCUUCAAAUCACACAGAAGUAUCAAAUACAUAUCUGGGUAUCGGUAGUGUCUACUUAUACGAACAAGAGUACGAAAAAGCUUUAGCUUAUUAUGAAAAAUCAUUGGAAAUCGAUAGACAAAUGUUGCAACCAGAUCAUCCUGAUCUUGCUUUAACAUAUCAUAACAUCGGUCAUGUUUAUUUAAAAAUGGAGAAAGCUGAGAAAGCAAUGGAAUGUUUUCAGGAAACAUUAGAAAUUCAAAACAUUGCUUUGCCAAAAUUUCAUCCGCAUCUGGGAGAAACAUACAGUAGUAUUGGAAUAGUACAUGAGAAAAACUCUGAUUACAAAAAAGCUCUUCAAUAUCACGAAAAAGCGCUAGAAACAGCCAGCCAUUCUCUACCGUCUACUCAUAAAACAAUCUUGAAAUUUAAAAGUCGAAUGGAGAAAAUGAAAGAAAAGCUCAUGCUUUAG